AUGGCCGAGCAAAAGGUCGCCGUUGCCUCUGGCGCGGACGCGGCCAACGACGCCCUUCGUCGUCGCAACGUUCCUCAGGACAACGUCGCGAUCGUGCAGCAGACUCAGCCCGAGGAGAAGAAGCUUCACGGCAAGAAGAAGCCUAGUUUCCUCGAAACCCUCGAGGAGUGGGAGCCCAUCAUCGCCCCCAUCAUAUUCACCGCCCUCGCCUUCUUCACUCGAUUGUACAAGAUUGGCCUCAGCCCCAUUGUCACUUGGGAUGAGGCCCAUUUCGGCAAGUUCGGCUCGCAUUACAUCAAGCGCGACUUCUUCUUCGAUGUCCACCCUCCGCUCGGCAAAAUCCUCGUUGGCCUGUCUGGUGUCAUGGCAGGAUACAACGGCACUUUCGAGUUCAAGUCUGGCGAGAAAUAUCCCGAGGAGCUCAACUACACGUUCAUGCGUGCGUUCAACGCUUUCUGGGGCAUCCUGUGCAUCCCUCUUGCGUACUACACCGCUCGUGAGCUUAAGCUCAAGCGCCCUGCGGUAUGGCUAGUCACUCUCAUGGUUCUCUGCGAGAACUCAUACACGACAAUCAGCCGUUUCAUCCUGCUCGACUCCAUGCUUCUCUUCGGAACCGUCGCCACUGUCUUCUGCUGGGCCAAGUUUCACAACCAGCAAAAGAACUCGUUUGAGCCUGAGUGGUUCAUCUGGCUGUUCCUGACGGGCCUCAGCUUGGGUUUCGUCUGCAGCAUCAAGCUCGUCGGUCUUUUUGUUACGGCUCUCGUCGGCAUCUACACCAUUGAGGAUCUGUGGACCAAGUUCGGUAACACCAAGAUGCCGCCCACUGUCCUUGGUGCUCACUUCCUUGCCCGCGUUGUCGGCCUGAUCGUCAUCCCGCUGCUUGUCUAUCUGUUCUCGUUUGCCCUGCACUUUGCCAUUCUCACCAAGAGUGGUCCCGGUGAUGCCCAGAUGAGCUCUCUGUUCCAGGCCAACCUGGAAGGAACUGAGAUUGGCCGCAACUCCCCCCUGGAGAUCGCCAUUGGCUCAAAGGUGACAAUCAAGAACAUGGGCUAUGGUGGUGGUCUCCUCCACAGCCAUGUCCAGACUUACCCGGACGGAUCUCAGCAGCAGCAGGUCACUUGCUACCACCACAAGGACACCAACAACGAGUGGUGGUUCUACCCCAACCGCCGCGAGGCUGACUACAACCCUGAUGAGGAUGCCGAGCCCCGCUUCGUCAAGAACGGCGACGUUGUCCGCCUGAUCCAUGCCCAGACCGGCCGUAAUCUGCACUCUCACGAUAUUGCUGCUCCCGUCACCAAGAGCAUGAAGGAAGUUUCUUGCUACGGUAACCUGACUGUUGGUGACGAAAAGGACCACUGGCAAGUUGAGAUUGUCAAGGAUGUUUCUCGAGACAGGUCCCAGCUGCGCACUCUCACCAGCUCUUUCCGUCUUAAGCAUCCCUCGAUGGGGUGCUACCUGCGGGCGGGCAACACCAACCUUCCCCAGUGGGGUUUCAAGCAGAUUGAGGUCACUUGUGACAAGAAGAAUAACCCCAAGGACACGUUUACCCACUGGAACAUCGAGGCACACACCAACGACAAGCUGCCUCCGGGAGACCCUGGCAAGUACAAGUCGCCGUUCCUCCACGACUUCAUCCACCUCAACGUCGCCAUGAUGACCUCGAACAAUGCCCUUGUCCCAGACCCCGACAAGCAGGAUGACUUGGCUUCUAAGUGGUGGCAAUGGCCUAUCCUCCACGUCGGUCUUCGCAUGUGCGGCUGGAACGACGAUAUUGUCAAGUACUUUCUUCUCGGCAACCCUUUCACGUACUGGGUCUCCACCGCGUCGCUCGGCGUUGUCGGUCUUGUCGCUGCUUGGUACAUCCUGCGCUGGCAGCGCGGGUUCAAGGAUCUGUCGCAAGGCGAUAUUGACCUGAUCCACUACGCUGGUAUCUACCCGGUCAUGGGUUGGUUCCUUCACUACCUGCCGUUCGUCAUCAUGGCUCGCGUUACAUAUGUCCACCAUUACUAUCCGGCCCUCUACUUUGCCAUCCUGGCCCUCGGUUUCCUGGUCGACUUUUUCCUCAGGAACCAGAAGCAGGUCAUCCAGUACACCAUCUAUGGCAUCCUGUACACCAUCAUUAUCGGCCUGUACAUCUACUUCAUCCCCAUUUGCUGGGGCAUGACCGGUCCCAACAAGCAGUACAGCUACAUGAAGUGGUUCAGCACCUGGCGCGUGUCGGACUAA